AUGCAGAGCAUCGCGGCGUCCUGCUCGUCCGCCUCCUCCUCUAGAACCUGGGCCGCGGCGCGCCGCUCGCCCGCGCCCCCAUCCCGACCCUCCUCGCGCCACGUCGCCUUCUUGUGCUCCCAGUCCUCCUCCUCCUACCCCUCUUCUUCUCAUGGCUGCCGCUGGCCGGUCGCCGGCGCCGGCGCGCCCGCGCUCCCGCUCGACAUUCGCGGGGGCCUGCGCCCGCUGCCCUCGCCCCUGCUCGCGCCGGGCGUCGCCGCGGUGAGGACGCGGGCGGCGGCGGCGGCGGCCACGGCGUCGCCGCUGGCCGCCAGUAAGCCGGAGGGCGCCGGUCGCAUUUCACGGACCCUGCAGCUCGGGACCAUGAUCCUCGUCUGGUACCUCCUCAACAUCUACUUCAACAUCUACAACAAGCUGGUUCUGAAAGCGAUACCAUUCCCUUACACCAUCACUACCUUCCACUUCGCAUCCGGAUCCUUCUUCAUCACACUCAUGUGGCUACUCAAUCUGCAUCCCAAACCGAGGCUCUCCCUCAAACAGUAUGCAAAGCUCCUGCCUUUGGCUUUGAUCCACAUGCUUGGAAAUGUUUUCACCAAUAUGAGUUUGGGCAAGGUGGCUGUCUCCUUCACGCACACCAUCAAGGCCAUGGAGCCCUUCUUCUCGGUCCUCCUCUCUGUCUUGUUCCUAGGCGCGACACCUUCUCUAUUGGUGUUGGGUUCACUUGUUCCUAUUGUUGGUGGAGUUGUAUUGGCGUCCAUGACUGAAGUUUCUUUCAACUGGAUUGGAUUCUGGAGUGCCAUGGCUUCGAAUCUUACGAACCAAUCGCGGAACGUUUACAGCAAGAAAAUUCUCGCUGAUAAAGAGGACAGUUUGGAUGACAUAAAUCUCUUCUCGAUAAUAACUGUCAUGGCAUUCUUGUUAUCUGCUCCACUGAUGCUAUCUGUAGAAGGCAUCAAGUUUAGCCCAUCGUAUCUACAGAAUGCUGGAGUUAAUGUAAAAGAAUUAUGUGUAAGAGCGGCACUUGCUGGUACAUGUUUCUAUUUUUACCAACAGGUUUCAUACAGUUUAUUGGCUAGAGUAUCUCCUGUGACCCAUUCGGUUGCCAAUUCUCUUAAACGUGUGGUGGUCAUUGUGUCAUCCGUUCUCUUCUUCAGAACUCCAAUUUCACCUAUAAAUGCCUUAGGAACUGGUGUUGCUCUUGCUGGAGUUUUCCUGUACUCUCAGUUCAAGAAGUUAAAACCAAAGACAAAGGCUGCAUGA